UUUUAAAAUAUACGUUAUUUCGUGGCGGGAAAUUUAUUUUUGAAGAAGCAGACGUCACCAGCUGGCCUUCCUCUGUGCAAUUAUUAUUUGGAUAUCGAGUUUUGAGUUACAAUUAGAAACAAAUUCUUAUUUUAUUCGACGACUCGGAACUUGCACAGUUUAUCCAUAACUCACCACUACCGGCUGUAUUAUUCUGAAAAUUCUUUGGAAGACGAUGUUUUCUAUCUUCGUUCAACGAUUCGAUUAAAAAUCUUUUGAAACGUUAAAAAGCUACACAAAUGCCGAAAUCGGCAACGAAGUGGACAUUUUGGAGAAAGUGCAAGAGACCUGUUGGCGAAGAGAACGAAGAGAAUAAGAAAGGAAAACGGAAACGAGCAGCGGAAACAGAAAUCGUGGUAUCGACAAAGGAAAAAGAGGUUUCGGCUGUGGAAACGAAACGGAAAACCAUGGAACAUACGCUAACAAGAUGCGACACCCGUUUACCAAAAAUCACACCAAUUAUUGAUGACUAUGAGAUUAGUAAUCACGUGCUCGGUCUUGGAAUAAACGGAAAAGUUGUUCAAUGUUAUGACAAAAAUACCAGGGAAAAAUAUGCGCUCAAGGUAUUAUAUGACUGUGUAAAAGCACGAAGAGAAGUUGAAUUACAUUGGAGAGCAUCAAAUUGCAAGCAUAUAGUACAAGUCAAAGAUGUGUAUGAAAAUACAUAUAGUGGAAAUAAAUGUUUAUUAGUUGUUAUGGAAUGCAUGGAAGGAGGAGAAUUGUUUGAAAGAAUACAAGAUAGGCAAGAUGGUGCUUUCACAGAGAGAGAAGCUGCACAAAUAAUGUAUGAAAUUUGUGUUGCUGUAAAGCAUCUACAUGACAUGAAUAUUGCACAUAGGGAUCUUAAACCAGAAAACUUAUUGUAUUCUAAACCUGAUAGUACUGGAAUAUUAAAACUUACUGAUUUUGGUUUUGCAAAAGAAACACAUUUGAAAGAUACAUUACAAACUCCAUGUUACACACCAUAUUAUGUUGCUCCUGAAGUUUUGGGACCAGAAAAAUAUGAUAAAAGCUGUGAUAUAUGGUCACUUGGAGUUAUUAUGUAUAUACUAUUAUGUGGUUUUCCACCUUUUUAUAGUAAUCAUGGUCUAGCAAUUUCACCAGGAAUGAAGAAAAGAAUUCGAUUAGGUCAAUAUGAUUUUCCAGCUCCUGAAUGGUCUAAUGUGAGCACAGAAGCAAAAAAUCUUAUUAAAGGUAUGCUAUGUACAGAUCCAGCUCAAAGACUUCAAAUCGAUGAAGUUAUGCGCAAUAAAUGGAUUGCUCAAUAUACAGAAGUACCUCCUACACCUUUACAUACUGGUCGUGUACUUCGGGAAGGUGAAGAACUUUGGCCAGAAGUUCAAGAAGAAAUGACACGGUCUUUAGCUACGAUGCGUGUAGACUACGAUACAGCAAAUUUAAAACAAUUAGAUCAUACGAAUAAUGCGUUAUUAAACAAACGCAGACGAGCGAAACAGUCGAAUGCCGUACCACCGACUGCUAAUCCUACGCCAGCAUCCUAGAAAAACCCAAUAAGAGCUAAUCAACGCUGGUAUGUUUUUUACGAAAAUGUAUAAGGUAUAAUAUAAUUACUAUGAGAAUUGUUUUUUUGAUAUUUAUAUAAUGAAAAAUAUCGAAGAUUUCAAUGCAAAAUAAUCUAGAAAAAAGUUAUAUACACUAAAAUAUUAGACAUUGUAUUCAAAGUUGCAUUCUAAGCCAUUUUAAAAAAUAAUACGAAUUCCACUAUACUGACUCUACAAUUAACAAUAAAUUGCAUAAAUAAAUACUAUAUAUUUGUCUAUGAUUCUAGAAAACAUUU